GGUUGAGGAUAGAAGUGUCAUGAUGACUUCGACCGGGCAAGCAGUUUCUUCCAAAGCCCUCCACUUUCCUGCUGUCGUUGUAAGAUCUCGUCUUUUUCUAUCUCGGAUGCUUACCAUCAGGUGCAGGUCCGCAACUGUCUAUGUUGCUACGGCUUGUUAACGAUUCCAAGAAAGCUGAAGAUGAGUAGUGUGAAGCUGGAAUCGAGGUCUGGUCACUCCAGCAUGUUCUCUCACCAACACGGACCACCUGACAAACGCUCAAAAUCGACGCGCUUGUUAAUGUUGCGCGUCAUGACCGCGUUGUCAACAACAUCUUGGUCUGUCGCGAGUGAAGAGCAUUCUGUUGCGCCUUUGUUAGACUUCUACACCUAUUCGCAGCAUCCGAGAAGCACUCAAGUUGAGGACUGAAAUCAGAGUCCUUCAAACCGAAACAACCUCAAGACCACGCAAGUCUCUUCGUCUGUAGAGCCACUCGAGGUCUUCUCCGCCGUCUCUCUAGUGACCUCUCGAAUGAGCGCGUCGGGAGACAAGGCGCCUCAACUAUGGCAGACCUGGCCGACUCACGAUCCGCAGUGGCAACAGCUCCAAUCAUUGAUGAUCAUGCAAUCCUCCAGGGCUGGACUCCCAUCAAUGGCCGUCUCAUAGACACCAAUAUCCAUGGUGUGCAUACCUACAAGCCAAGACCACUCGAAGUGUAUCCGACCAGCAUCUGGAAAGAAAUGCCCGCACGCGCUGCAGAUGGCGAAGAGAUCCUCGAGUACGACGAGGAAGAGUUCUUACAUCUCCCAGAACAUCUGACGGCGCCGGAGAAUAAGGCUUUCGAAGAAGGCAUCGCCCCAACGAUUCAAGGAGACCCUGGCGUCUGGGAUUAUGUGUCUGAAGAAGAGUACUUUGGCCGCAAGAUGACUCUCCUUACGGACCAUAGACUGCUACGACUCGCCACCAAAUAUACGAUGAAGCAGCUCGCAGAGAAAAUCAAUGCUGCUACCGAAGUGUGGGAACCAGAUCUGGUCAGUGAGAAGACUCUCCAACGACGCAUUUGCGAGCGCUACAUCCCUCGACUUGCUGGGGCCAAAGGCAUGACUGUGGCUGAGAUUCGGAAGGAACUCAAGGAUGCUCGAAAGGUGAACGGUGUGGGUUCUCAGAAGCGCCGCUCGUCGGUAUCGAUGGGGUCUCCGCACGAACAGGACGCGAUCCUUGACACCGGUCAUGUGCAGGAUGGUGAACCCAAAUGCUCUCCCACUCUACGCACCAAGCACAAGAGAGUGAUUCCUUGGCUCAAGGAUCAAGCGAAGACAGCCGACGAGGAGGAGAAGCAGCCGUCGAGAAAGAAAUCGAAAACGAGCCUCAAGCCCCUCACGAUUCCUGACACUAAUAAGCAAGACACAACCACAUCUUCUGCCACCCCAUCAACAGCAACCCCCAGCACUGGAGAACUCGGUCCAAUCCCGGACACCGAUCAAGCUAUCUUCGACAGCGACCCAUCCCGCAUCGUCGGAGCUAGCGUCUACAAGUUGGCCGUGCGCUACUCUGUCGCUGAGAUCCAAAAGCGCAUUGUGCUCGCCCACCCUACUUCGGGAAUCAAGUCGCAACAUGCCAAGAAGGAGCUUUACAAGUAUGUCGGUCAGCUGGCGAAGGAGAGUGGUAAAGAUCGCGGUGCGAUUCUGGAUGAGUUGAAUCAGGCUCGUUCCGAAGGUCGUGCGAGUAAGAAGGGGUUGAAGGGUGGGUUUGCGAUGCGGAAGCGUAAGGCUGUGGAGGUCGAAGAUGAGAUGCCGCUAUAUGAGGGUGAUGCGGAAGCUUUGGAGGUUAUUGAUCGGGAAAUGGUAGCAAGCUCCGUCCCUCUCUCUACCACUCCAUCAACCAAAACCCCUCGAGGAGGCGAAUUUUCUCCCGGAAAACGAAACAACAUCGCCGUCUCGCUCUACACACCAACUCCACGCAAGAGCAAGAUCAAGAGCGCUGGACUCCGCUCCCCAUACUUCCCGAAGACAACCGCAUUGCCUGAUACUCAAAUCCACAACCUCGUCGACGACAUGGUGGACUACACGACUCCGAAGUUUCAAGAGACGGCUCGCUCGUAUGCUGCUGCUUUGGCGCUUGAUGGUCCGGCUCUGGCUUCUCGGGAAAAGAGUGGGGGGAAAGAGAGGCGGAUUGAGAUUCUGGAGUCUCCGGAAGAGGGAGUGGAUGUGUUGAUAUGGUAG